AUGGCCGCUGCUCCCGCGUCAGUGACUGAGCAGUCUUCAGCUGAUCUGGACAAUGAGAGACUCUUAGAUACAUCUGUUCUCAGCGAACUUGCUAAGAAAGACUUGGUGGAUGCACUAAACUCUGUUAAUGGAGCUAAGACUCUUGUCCUCGACCCUUCCAUAGCCGGUCCACUUGGAUUGGUGACGGAGGUCUCUUUACUAAAGCAACAUGGCGUGGACAAGAUGUUCUGGCUAGAACCAGGCCCCCUGUCCGCCCCAACGACGAAUAUCGUGUAUCUUUGCCGUCCAUUAAUAAAGCAUAUCAAGAUAAUUGCUGAUCAGGUCAAGCGGCAUGCCAAGGAGUCUGCUAAGCACACGUAUACCUUGCUCUUGGUUCCACGGACUUCCAUUCUGGUGACACGUAUUCUGGAGGAGGAAGGUGUACUCGGCGAAGUCAACGUAUCGUCCUACAACCUCCAAUUCAUACCACUAGCGCAGGACGUUGUAUCGCUAGAAUAUGAUAAUGCGUUCAGGGAGAUAUGGGUUGACGGAGACGAGACUGCGAUAUAUAACUCUGCUCAGGCCUUGUUAACGCUCAGGAAGAUCUACGGGCCAUUUCCCCGUAUCUUGGGAAAGGGGGAUCAUGCUGCGCGUCUAGCUACUCUACUAAACCGAUCCCUGCUGCCACCAUCAAGCGUGUCUCCCCAUGCUUCAGCGGCAAACACGGAAAAGAUCGACUCCCUCAUAAUCCUUGAUAGACGCACAGACAUGAUUACUCCCCUCCUAACACAGCUUACCUACGAAGGCCUCAUCGACGAGAUGCUUGGGAUUAAGAACUCUCAUGUUGAGGUGCCGGCAUCACUCCUUGCUCCUCCGAAUCCCCCAGCCAACCCGAAUGCUUCGUCUACAUCUGCCUCUACCUCAGGUCUUCAAGCAGUGCCGCUAUCGAAGGAAAAGAAAAAGAAGCACCAUUUGACCACGGCGAACGAUCCGCUCCUUGCGGAACUCCGCGAUCUCAACUUUGCGUCGGUCGGGAAGAAAUUGAACAGGAUAGCGCAUAGGCUGGACGAAGACUAUAAGGCGAGGCUCCAAGCAAAGACCGUGGCUCAGCUACGUGAUUUCGUCGGGAAGCUCGGCGGGCUGCAAACCGAACACCAGUCUCUUCGGCUUCAUACCGGUCUUUCCGAACUGAUCGUGCCACAGACGAGAACAGAGAUAUUCAACAAGUCGCUUGAAAUACAGCAGAACCUGCUAGCCUCGUAUAACGUGAAUGACCAGGUGUCAGCGAUAGAGGACCUUAUUGCGCAGGGAGCGGACAUGCAACUAGUCAUAAGACUACUCUGCCUUGCAAGCAUAACCGCUGGAGGCAUAAGAACGAAAACGCUGGAUAACAUAAAGCGUGAAAUUCUUCAGUCGUAUGGCUACAACUUCUUGCCGCUACUCCUCUCGUUAUCCGCGCCUCCUUUAGCAGUCCUACUGCCUAACCCUUUACCAGCUUCGACUACUCCGUCAGUCGUCGCAUCCAAAUAUCCAUACACCAGCCUGCGAAAAUCCCUCCGUCUCUUGAUGGAAGAUACAGAUGCCCUCGAUGAGGUCGAGAAUGAUAUCGGCUACGUGUACUCCGGGUACGCGCCCAUCAGCAUCAGGCUGGUCCAGUGCGUUGCGCAGAAGGGCGGAGUCUUGAGCAACCCCGCUCUGGAUAAGGAGAAGCCGGCAGAUGCAGGGUCCGCGAAUGGUAAAUCGACAAGCAAGGUCCAGGCUCACCCAAUUGUUGGCUGGAAAGGCUUUGAGGAUGUUCUGGCUACUAUGCCGGGCGAGACCUUUGACAUUACUCCCAAGGACUAUGUCGGGGAUGAUUCGGCAAGUACACUGUGUAAGUCUCGAGAUAUGCAUUAUUUUCAUUCAUCAUGUUCAUGGAUGGUGCUAGUGCAAGGCAGAGACCGGACGACUACGACGGUCGUGUUCUUCCUGGGUGGUUGUACGUACACCGAGAUUGCUGCGCUGAGAUGGGUCGGUCGGCAGAACAAGGGUCGGAACUUCCUCAUUGCCACCACUGGCAUUAUCAGUGGUAACAGUCUCGUCGACAGUGUUGCAGGCAUCGGAAGAGGCAGCACUAAUUCCAGAGAUGCCGGUAUCUAG